GGGACUCCCUCUUCCCCUAGCGCCUUAAAAACUCUCUUGGACCGAGAGACACGCAGUCUCCCGUCCCGUCGGAGCGUCCCCUCCGACCCGCAGGAUGGUGGUGUGCACCCUCGCCUGCUGGAGAUGCAGGUGGCUCCUGCCGCUGCUGCUGGGCUUGGCCAUCAUCAUGGGCAUCAUCGCCCUGGCGGGCCGGGGCUGGCUGGAGUCCGAGUCCGAGCCCUACGUGCAGCAAGCGUCCCUGUGGGAGAGCUGCACGCGGGGCCAGGACGAUCCCAACUGGAGCUGCGAGUCCCUCAUGGAAUACGGAUGGGGGAGAGCAGCAGCUGCCACAUAUCUUGUUGGCUUUGUGAUCCUGGUCAUCUGUUUUGCCCUCGCAGUAAUUGCAUUCUCGAUUGAGAUACUCCGCUUCAACUUUGUGAGAGGAAUUGGAGGCUUGCUCUUCGUUGUUGCUGCAUUCCAGAUCAUAGGCUUGGUCAUCUACCCAGUGAAAUUCACAGAAGAAAUUCCGUUGACAGGAGAUAAUAUGUUCAGCUGGGCGUAUGGCUUUGGUUGGGCCAGCACUGUUGUUGUAAUAGGUUGUGCUUUCUUCUUCUGCUGCCUCCCCAACUGGGAAGAUGAAGUCCUGGGAAACAUCAAGCCUACCUAUUACUACUCCUCCCCAGAGAGAGCACCAUACUUAAACUGAAAGAUUAAAUCCAGAUACAAUCCACUGUCAAAACAACAGUGGAGAACCUCUGCUAUAAAUCUGGUGCAAUUGUAGGAGACUGAAAAAAAACCCCACCUUAUUUUUCCAAAGUAUUUCUGACUAGCCCUGGCAAUAAAUUAGUGAAAACAUUGGCAUCUUUAAGCAAAUGGCUUUUACCUAAAAUAUUAUUUAUGAAUUCUCAUAUUGAUUCUGUUUAGGUGGUUUACUUGCUCUUUCCCCUCCCAACUAAUUGAUUCAUCCUUAUUUUAUUCAGACAUUUGCUUAUGAAUAAAGAUGCAGUGUUUCAAGUGUAGAAAGGAAGAGGAGAUAUUUUAAACAACCCAUUAGAGGGGUCUGCAGGUUAUUUUGUUUUCAUCUCUGACAAAAUUGCCUUGAAUGGAACUAGAAAAAAACCUUCCAAAGAAUGAUUUUUCUUCCACCAAAGUCAGUCCCAAGGAAAGAACUUCCCUGAGACCAUUGGAGUCAACUGCCGACUAAGAAUCUCUUCUCAUUCCUGUUACUGGACUAUUGUUGACUACUAGCUAUUUGAAUUAAGAGGGAAAUAAACUUAGAAUUUAUUUUCCACCAGUUGGUGCUGUUGGGAGGAGAUCUAUUCUAAAGCAUGGAGCUGGUGUGUUUAACAGUGGCUGAUGCACCACUUAUUCAUGUUUUUGUGGCUACUGGAAGACUUGUGAUGGAGCCACAUAAAACUUAAUGUACAUUGUCAUGGAGAUAAUCAAUACACCUUCAGAUGUUGAACUACACAGAUUUUUACAUGGUUUUUGAGGGGUGCUGACUAAGAAAAUACCUUUGAGUAGAAACGUACGCUGUUCUUUGUCUACCUUUUUAAAACUGCAGUGUUUUAAUCAUCAGCCAUGCUUUGGAGGGACAUCUUAGGUGUUGAAAUCCUCCAAAAAAUUUUAAAACACACUGUAGGUACUCCAGUUUAGUAAACUUGGGGAUGCUUUGUGAGUUACUAGGGAUAACAGGUAAAAAUAGAAAAGCAGUUCUGUGAGGAAUUUACGUAUCCAAACUUCAUAUAGACACUCAUCUUGGGAGUAGUUUGUCUGGGUCCUAGCUUGUGUUUCUUGAGCCAGCAAUUCCAAAUAAGUAUUCCAGUGAGGCAGAGCCAUAUCUAUGUUGUCAUGGACCUGCAGCAGCUUACAGCAGGUUUACUUAUAGCUGUAAUCCUUGUCAGAGCUUUCUUCAGCUGCAGGGGGUUACAGGUAGGGUGGAAAGCAAAUGCUGUAUGUUACUCUGUGUAACAAGCAGCUGGGGACUUAUUUCUCACUAUGAUGAACACAGUACUUAGGAGAAGGUAAGUACAUGGGUGUAUGUAUACAUACAUGUGCAAAAUAGAAAUUGCAAAGCAUUAACUAGCAUACUGUAAAGCUAAAUUACUUUAGAACUAAGAUUUUUCAAUGCCCCAUAGUUCUUGUAUUAUAUAUUGUAUAGCUUCCUGUUUUUAACACCUUUUUUAAUUUGAUUAUUCUGUAUAUUGCAUGUGAACCUGUUUUAGAAAGGCUAGGCGAAGUCUGAAGGUCCCUUCCAGACCUGUAUUUUAUAACUUAGAGAGAGUAAACAUCUGCAGACUUCAGAACUGUGUUGCAAGCUCAGUUGUGGCAUAUACAAUCAAGUGUAUUUGUAAUUCUUGCUGAAGAAGAGAAUCCUGUGACAAACAUGUAUUUUGUUUUUCCUUUUCUGUUCAGUACUGGCUGAUGGUGAAUACUCUGUAGACUUCUCUGUAUCAUGAAUAGUAUUAGUGCCUAACUUUCUAGUGAAUUCAAAACAUAGCAAAGAAUCCCAGGCCUGGAAAAUCCUUGCACAGCUAAAGCUGCGAAGGAAAAAAGACAUAACAAAAUGAACACCCUUCCUAAUGAGAGGGAGGAUGGUACAGCAAUAGCAUUUAGCAUAACUUAAGUCUUUUGUAUGUUUUUUAUAACCAUUGUCCUAACUUGUCUAAAAAGCACAAAUGUAAAAUAAACUUGGCUCUGAAUAAACUGGGAGGGGUGGAAGCAUAACCAGCAUGUUACACAACUAAAAAUUUCAGGAGGAAAGGUAUUGCAAAUAGUCAUUAAUUACUCUCAAGUGAUACUAAUGUAUGUGGCACUCCUUUCAAAUGUGGUGGCUCGAUUAAAACUGUUUUAACUGAU